CCUAAAAAUAUGGGUGCCCAAAAAUUGCUCAAGGGGAGCGGAGGUAGAUGGAUUCUCACUCAGAACUCUCCUCUUCUUCAUCUUCUACGGCGGCGCCGGAGAAGAAAUGGGGAGAGAAGAUCUCAGAGGCAGUGCUCUCUCUCUACAAUUCUCUCUCUAAGAAAGGCAAGCCUCAGGGCCGCGAAGUCUCCGUUCUCGCCUCGUUUCUCCUCUCCUCUCCUUCUCAAGAAUUGCAAGUGGUUGCGCUUGGAACGGGGACAAAAUGUAUUGGACGAUCGCUUUUGAGUCCUCGAGGCGACAUUGUGAACGAUUCACAUGCUGAAAUUAUAGCUCGAAGAGCCUUAUUGAGGUAUUUCUAUGCGGAGAUUCACUGUUUAACAAACAUUAACAGUAAACUUCAGCAUACUAAUGGAAGCAUACCAUUGCAAGGUGAUGGUGUCACAAACUCACUUUUUUAUUUGGACACAGAUGGCCUUGGCCAAGGAAAAUACAAAAUGAGAGCAGGUUGGAAACUACAUUUAUACAUAUCACAGCUGCCAUGUAAGUAUGGUGGGGAUGCCUCAGUCAAUUCAUUGUUGUCUACUUUGCAAACUAUUCCCUUAAAAGAAGGUGAUUGUGCAAAGGGUGUUGGCAUGGUUCAGAGGAAGCCUGGUCGUGGGGAUACGACUCUUUCAGUGAGUUGCUCUGAUAAGAUUGCCCGUUGGAAUGUUGUUGGAGUACAAGGUGCUUUGCUUUCUUACUUUCUUCAACCAGUUUACCUUUCUACCAUAACUGUCGGGCAAAUCCAUAAUACAUCUGAAAAUAUUCCCGUAGUAGAUCACUUGACAAGAGCUUUAUAUGAGCGGAUCCUCCCUUUAUCAAAUAAGAUAACGAGUCCUUUUGAAGUGAACAAGGUGCCGCUAUUUUAUGAGGCUCCAAUACCACCAAAGGAGUUUCAGCAUUCUGAGACUGCUACGGCCACUUUAACAUGUGGGUAUUCAACAUGCUGGAACAAGUCUGGCUUGCAUGAAGUCAUUCUUGGAACCACUGGAAGAAAGCAAGGCACCUCUGCAAAAGGGGCAAUAUACCCUUCUACUGAAUCAUCUUUAUGCAAGAAGCGAUUGUUGGAGUUGUUUUUGUCACUAAAGCAUGAAUUUGCAGCUGAGUGCCCAAUGAAUGAGAUUUCUUAUAGAGAAACGAAGGAAAGAGCCAAAGAAUACUGUUCAACUUCAAAGAUUUUUAAAGGAAGUCCGCCUUCUAACACUUGGCUUGUGAAACCCUUGAACUUUGAGGCCUUCUCGUGAGAUGGAAGAGUUGAAUUCUAAACAGACUGGGCCUUUUUUGACUUUGAACAAUGAACGUGGGUUUGAGCCAUUGGUAUCAAAGAUGAAGGUACGUAAGUUCAUAUCCUUGAUGCAAAUCAUUUGUUUGAAUUGAGAACUGGUUGGUGUUCCUUAGUCACAUGUUUUUUUUCCCUGUAUCAUUCAAGUUGUCCUGAAAUUUAGAAGCAAACCCAACAGGUAGAGCAAGCAGCAUUAGGUAGUUCUCCAUAUUCCCCUAGUUUGAUUAACGUUGGUGUCGUGAGUUUGUUGUUGUACACUAUUUUUUUAGGGAACAUAUUGAUAUAUCUUGGUCCAUUGGGAUCACUACAAGACUUACUCUAAUGAUCUGACUUGUUCAUCUUUAGGCUUUUGUAUGGAAAUUGUUCAUAAAACGAAUAAGAUCAUUUUAAUAGAACCUUUGGUGA